UUAACAACGAUACUUAUCCAUUAAUAUAUUAUCAUGAUCGUCACUGAGCGCACGGAAAUACCCGUCUACCACUCUAGAGCUAUAAAUACAGAGCGUAUUCAGGACUCGACUGGUUGACUAUACAUAGGGUACACCCGUUCGACAAGGAAGUGACAGCGACACACUGUGUUAUGUAAACGUUUGAGAUUGAUAAGAUUAAAAAAAAACAAAUCUUAAAAAGUUAAAGUAUUCUUACUAAAUACUGAGUGGAAAUUUAAAAAGAAAGUUUGAUUACGACUGGUUUAACCUGUGGCAAUAACACGUCCUAAUUCUUCAAAGCGGAAAUCUUCAAAAACAGAAAACUGUGUGUGCAGGGCAAUGACAGCAUAAAAUGAGUGACGACUCAAAUCCGGCCAAGGUCAUCACAGAGCCAUUGAAAAACAUUGGCGCACAGGACAUCCUCAGUGUUGGUGCGAUCCUGUACGAUGGUACACUGCGCAAGCGCAGCAGGAUUGACCGCUUCCUCGGGUCCACCAAAUGGAAGCAGCGGUUCGUGGUGAUCUCACAGGGCUGUAUCUACUGCUUUAAAGAUGAGUACGCCACCAAACCUCUCACAGCGUUCGCCCUCUGCUACUUCCAGGGUGCGGCGGACGUGGAUAUCGCGGGAGUGCUGAACAGUUUCGAGGUCCGUCACGAGGAGGCCGGGAAGAAUCCUUACCAAUUCGCCGCCGAAACGGAAGAAAAACGAAAGACAUGGGUUGGUUUCAUAAACGCCGCUAUUGGUGAUGCGCGGGAGCCGAGACAAAACCUGUCUGCUGAGAGCGACGAGGGAAUCUGCAUGGCGCCCACAACGCCAACAUCUCGACCGCCAUUAAAAAAGCGACAGUCUGCACGUGAGCUACCUCCACUUCCGGCCAUACCGACAGCCCGGGAGCCGGAACACCGGAAUGUUAUAACCUCGUCGCGCUCCGAGUACGACCUGGAGUCAGACGAGGAAGAGGAUGACCCAUACGACAGAGUUCCCCUGGACUCGAUCGAAGAGAAGAACUCAAAAUUUCCGAUCAAGGGGAAGGCGCUUCCGGGAGCCGUCCAGAUGCUCCCAGGCCUAAACCAGCUAACUGGGAAUAACCGCCCCAAGACAACAAUUUCCGGGAGACCAGGAAUGCCAUUACCAAACACACCUACGUCAUACCAGCAGACUGACAUCAGACAUUCAACUACCGGUCAGGUUGUAAUGGAAAUACAGCACGAAGAGAAGGGUCAUCAGCCGCGUGGAUACCUCAACGUGCCCAAGUUUGAAUCGACGGACUACAUGCUGAACAGCAAAGACAGACACGAGGCCGCCAGGUUGUUGUCGGGUAAACCGGAAGGAACGUUUCUAUUGCGUCAAGGCAGCUCGACGCCGACGGUGCUAUGCGUGGUGGUGGAUAGCUCAGUCAAAGAGUUUCAGGUGUUUGAACAGGAUAAUAAACAUGUGUCACUUAACAAGGAGAAAUAUUUUCCCAAGUUUGACAAUCUACUACUGUUCUACCACCAAAACUUUUUACCCAAGAAAGACUACAAUGUGAAACUCAAGAAAGGCUACAAAGAGACAUGAAAUGUGUUGCGCGGUGAUUAUCGGACACUUGAAACACCCACUCACAUAUAUACAUCAGUGAAUAUCAGUGUGAUGUUGUCUGUGUGUGGGUAGGAAUACUUCUCUGUAUGACGAUGAACACUCGUUAGUAAAACUAGUUUUACCCGUGAACUCCACAUCUUACAAGAUCUACAUGAUAUUUGUAAUGUGAUAUAUUUAACAUUGACUGAAAACAAGUGACGCUUGUUCUGCCUUAUCGCCGGCGUAGUUAUUUGCCUGUAGCUGUUUUGUAAAGACAACCGCAACAAAAAUGGCGGGAACUUCAAUGUUGUCUGCAUCCUUAUCGUCUUAAAAUGGCAUAACACACUACCAAAUGGUGAAAGAAAACACUUGUCAAUUUUAAUGAAUUAAUGGUCAUAUUAAUUAUGUUGAAUAACAAUAAAACAUUUAUUAUUGAAUGUUUCAUUUAGACAGGGUUAUCCAGGCCCGAAUUUCUGGAAAGUUCUUGAAUGUAGCUUAUUUCCUCAUUCGGAGCUCCUCGGCCAUUUCAAUCAACCUCUGAUGUAUGCCGGUACAUCAGUAGAAGUAGUUCGUAUAUUUUUAAAAUGUAUCAUUAAUCAAAUGUAGUGUUUUAGCUUGUAUUUAUUGAUCUAAGUUUAAAUUGAUUGCCAGUGAAUAAUUGAUUGAUUAUGUUAUUGCAAACAUAAUUAAGAUUCCCAAAAGUUAAGUCAUUAAGUUUAACUGCUAAAUUAAAUUACUACGCGAUCUACUUGCAGCGGACUUAAACAUACCGAUUUGAGUAUGUAAACGGUCCAUAUACAUCCGAGGUUGCUUUCGAUAAAAAUGGCCGAGGAGCUCCGAAUAUAUUUCCUUAAGUCGAAUUUCUUAUUUUAUCUUGAUUUUACUUCAUAAAAAAAAUAAUUUAUCGUGACAGAUAAUUUCCCUUUGAAGUCCAAAUAUUCUUAAUUAUGUAAUAACCAUGACAAAUUAUACCAAAACAGAAAUAGGGAGCUUAGCUUAAUCCUGUAAUAAAGGACUUAAAGAUAUUCCGAGAAAUUGGGGCCAGUUCUGACACAUGCAUUUAUAACUGCAUGGUUAAUUAUUUAAAAUUGGCAAUCAAAAUUGCUGUUAUUCAAAGGACGUACAUGUUGUUUUCUAACAGACGGGGUACCAUAUUGGUUUACGUUUCGUCUGAUGUAUUAAACACAGUCAUGCCACAUACUGAUAUCAAAUCUAGAACUUUUUGUUUUCAAAUCCGUGAGGAUUUUUUUCACUUGCAUUUCUUACAAAUUUACCCUUAUUACUUAUUUAUAACCAUAUUUCGGAAAGAAAAUAAAUAGAAAGAUGUGUUA